AAUAGUCUGUAUAGCAGACGACGUAGGAGGAGAAAAAAAAAUAUUAACUCUUUAUUUUGAAAAACAUUCCUCAUAGAACUGGUCAACUCUUGCGUUGCUCUCGGUAGACUAGACGUCGGUUAACCAAAGCCAGGUGUCGGCUUUCGCGUGAAGGCGCGGAGUCAGGGGGGUUGGCGAGUGCGCCAGAUAGCGCAACGGGCUCUGCCUGCAGUGGUCUACGGAGUCUGCUUACAGUAGUGUGGAUCUGACACGUUCCUCGCUGCAUAGAAAUAACGGGUCGGUCGCUCGGCUCUUUCAUUAGGAAUCACCACGGAUCCAUAAAAAACAUGCUAUUUGAAGGACGUUUCUCAAGUUUCUGGACGUUUGCUAGGAUGUUGACAGUUCUGACGCUGAUCUUACUAUGUAUCCAGUCUGGCAACGCGCAGACGUGCACAGAUGGCUUUAUCUAUGAUCGGCGCAUCAGACAGUGUGUUGACGUGGACGAGUGCCGGACGCUCGCGGACCCCUGCCGAGGGGACAUGCGCUGCGUGAAUCAGAACGGCGGUUACCUGUGUAUCCCGCGAGGGAUGUACAGCCAGUCCUACGCCAGGCCCAACCCGCCGCCUUUCAGUGAACCGUCCUAUCCGGACACAUCUCUAAGCAUCCCCGAACCCUACCCUUCAGCCCAGCGACCACCUGUAGCCCCCAGCUUCCCAGUGUCAGGACAAUCGCCCCCCUGUGUCUUGGGAUACCUUCUCACGGAGGAUGGCCUUUGCACCGACAUCGAUGAGUGUGAAACGCAGACUCACCAGUGUAAUCCUACCCAAGUGUGCAUCAACACUGCCGGGGGGUACACCUGUACCUGUUCAGAGGGCUACUGGCUGAUUGGUGGCCAGUGUCAGGAUAUCGACGAGUGUCGCUAUGGUUACUGCCAGCAGCUGUGCGCCAACGUUCCCGGAUCUUAUUCCUGCUCCUGUAACCCCGGCUUUGUCCUGAAUCCGGACAGCAGGACAUGCCAAGAUGUGGAUGAGUGUGAGGACAUUCCAUGCACGCACGGCUGCAUUAACACCUACGGCUCCUUCAUGUGCAACUGCGUGGAGGGCUUUGAGCUGGCGUCCGACGGAACCACGUGCAAUGACCUGGACGAGUGCAGCUUCUCCGAGUUCUUGUGCCAGCACACGUGUUUGAACGUUCCCGGCUCCUUCACCUGUGCCUGCCCACCGGGGUACUUCAUCUUUGAGGACGGGCGGAGCUGUGAAGAUAUCAAUGAAUGUGACACUGGUAACAACACCUGUACAACAGCACAAGUAUGUUUCAAUUUCCAGGGGGGGUAUAAAUGCCUGGACCCUAAUAAAUGUGACCCACCUUACAUUGAGAUCGGCGAGAAUCAGUGCAUGUGCUCAGCAGAGAACCCUGCUUGCAGGGACAGGCCGUUCACCAUCCUGUACCGGCACAUGGACCUGACGUCCGGUCGCGGCGUGCCCGCCGACAUAUUCCAGAUGCAGGCCACCACGCGCUACCCUGGGGCCUUUUACAUCUUCCAGAUAAAGUCAGGGAACGAGGGCCGUGAGUUCACCAUGAGGCAAACCAGCAACGUCAGUGCCACUCUGGUCCUGACCCGGCCCAUCAAGGGCCCGAAAGAGGUGGUGCUAGACCUGGAGAUGGUCACCGUUAACCACGUCAUUAACUUCAGAGGCAGCUCCAUCAUCCGGCUCACUAUAUACGUCUCUGAGUACUCCUACUGAGGCCUCCGACCUCUGACCUCUGACCCCCUGACUGACCCCAGUCCGGGGACCCACACCCUCCUCUAUCCGGCAGCUUGGUUUGUCUUUGAUUUUGCCGACACUGUACCGGGGAUUCUGGGGUUUAACAUCUCCUAAUUCCACACACCCCCCUCCCCCCCUCACCCCCCAAAUCCUUUUCAGGGACACUGUAUCUUCAGGCUGCCUAAAAAAACCAGUUCACAUUCAUCCACGUGGAAGAACAUUUUUGUAGCAAUGGCAAUAUGAGGUUGUCAUUUCAUCUUGUGAAGAUUAAGGAACUUGUUAUUCAUAAGGUCCAUUUUUUUUUCCAUUUCAUUUUCUCUUCUGUGAAAUGUUUUUUUUUUUUUUUCACCUGUGCUGAGAUGCCAGAAUAUUCCUCCCAAGUUGCCUGUGUUUUUCCAUGCAUUUUUUUAUUUUUUUUGCUGGAUUUCUGUUAUUUUGGUUUACUAUUGUACGCCUCCUUGUAACCUGUGAACUCUCUCAGCUUGCUGUUUAUUAAACCAAGAGGGCGAUGUUACACAACAGUGCAUAACAGACAUGUGUACGGUUGAAAAAAUAAAUGACAGAGCAGCAGGGGAUAGGAGAUAAUCCUACCUACACACUGCAGUUUCCCAGCAGGAUGAAUUAUUGAAAAUGCACAUCAGAGUUGUGUUCCUGGUGUAUAGUACCUCAUAUCAAUCUUAGCAGCGAAUUACAACGCAGAUAUAGAGAGGGCUUGUGUAGUAAAUGUUCUGACACAAUAUCAGGGGCAGGUUACCGGAGAGUGAGCAACAGCAACCCAGCCCAAGAUCAAUUCAGUGUCUACGUAUAUGCCUCAGUGGGAAAUUUUAUGUAUGUUCAUCAUUUUCUAACUUUGAGUUGGAUUUAUUUUUUGUUUAAAUCUUAAUAUGAGAAACACUAUCACUGCCACACAUCUACGAGUGUCAAAACAUAAACCGAGCCGCAUCUUAAUCCAACUCUUUGUGAAGGAAAUGUUUGUCUGUUCUGGUGCGGUGGUGCAGUAAUUUGGUGGUGCAGUAAAGUGUUUUUAAUUGUUAUUCAUGUGUGCCACCUGAAGGGAUUAACUAAGAAGUGUAUUCAGCAUUCCAAACCUUGAAAAUGCUUGUUGGAAAAUGUCUGCUAAUCAUUCACAUGUCAACUUUUAUAUAUCUGUUUUAUUAAGACCCUGUAAGUAAUCUUGGUCAGUCAAAUAAAGGUUUAAAUCCUGA